GAGCCGCAGCUUCCUGCUCGGGUUCGGGGAGGCGCGAUCGAGAGCCCCUCGUCGCGAGCGCCGUCUUUCGCGGUUUUUCGUUAGAUCCUCGUCGUUUCUGCGAGACGCGACAUGGCGGACACGGGGAGUCGGCUGCGGCGGCAGCUGGAAUCCGCCAACUUCGACCCGCAGAACUACGUCAAACAGCUGUCGCAGCAGUCCGACGGCGACCGGGAUUUGCAGGAGCACCGGCAGAAAAUCCAAACGCUGGCCGACGAGACGGCGCAGAACCUGAAGAAGAACGUCUACAAGAACUACAGGCAGUUCAUCGAGACGGCCAAGGAGAUCUCGUACCUGGAGAGCGAGAUGUACCAGCUGAGCCACAUCCUGACCGAGCAGAAGAGCAUCAUGGAGAGCAUCACGCAGGCCCUGCUGUCAACGGACAAAGACGAGACCUCCAAAGAGAUGCUGGCCGCCUUCCCCAAAGACACGGAAGACCUGAAGCAGCGGACGCUCACCUCGCUGCUGGAGAAGGUGGAGGGGGUUAAAAACAUCAUGGACACCCCGGGGAGGCACCUGGUCUACAACGGCGACCUGAGUGAGUUCGACGUCGACAACAUGGCCCCGAUCCAGAGGGUGCACGCCUUCCUGAUGAACGACUGCCUGCUGGUGGCCACCUGGCUCCCCAACCGCCGGGGCGCGGUCAAGUAUAAGUACAACGCCCUGUACGACCUGGAGAGCUUCGCCGUGGUCAACGUCAAAGACAACCCUCCCAUGAAGGACAUGUUCAAGAUCCUCAUGUUUCCGGACAGCCGCAUCUUCCAGGCGGAAAACAGCAAGGUCAAGAAAGAGUGGCUGGAAAUCCUGGACGAGACCAAGAAAACCAAAGUGACGAGGGACCGGCACAAAAAAGAGGAGGAGGCCCCCAACUCGCCCGUCAGAGCCGAGGCGUCCACCAACCCCUUCGACGAGGACGAGGACGAGCCUGCCGAUUGCGAGGAGGCGGUGGACCUGAGCCUGGAGUGGAUCCAGGAGCUUCCGGAGGAUUUGGACGUCUGCAUCGCCCAGCGAGAUUUCGAGGGCGCGGUGGACCUACUGGACAAGCUCAACGAGUACCUCAAGGACCAGCCUGUCACUCAGAAGGUCAAAGAGCUCAGGUCGAAGGUGGAUGAGCGCGUGCGUCAGCUGACGGAGGUGUUGGUGUUUGAGCUGUCCCCGGACAGGUCUCUCCGCGGUGGACCCAAAGCGACACGGCGGGCCGUAUCCCAGCUGAUCCGACUAGGCCAGUCCACCAAGGCCUGCGAGCUGUUCUUAAAGAACCGUGCUGCGGCAGUCCAGACGGCCAUAAGGCAGCUGCGUAUCGAAGGAGCCACUCUGCUUUACAUCCACAAAUUGUGUAACAUCUUCUUCACCAGCCUGCUGGAGACUGCCAAGGAGUUUGAGAUGGAUUUUGCCGGGAAUACUGGUUGUUACUCUGCCUUUGUCGUCUGGUCGAGAUCAGCCAUAAGGAUGUUUGUGGACGCCUUCAGCAAGCAGGUGUUUGACAGCAAGGAGAGUCUCUCCACGGCGGGAGAGUGUGUCAAAGUGGCCAAGGAGCAUUGUAACCAGCUGAGUGAGAUAGGCCUGGACCUGACCUUCACCCUUCAGUCCCUGCUUGUGAAAGACAUCAAGGCUGCCUUGUUGAGCUACAAGGAUAUCAUCAUCGAAGCCACAAAGCACCGCAACUCUGAGGAGAUGUGGAGGAGGAUGAACCUUAUGACUCCGGAGGCUCUUGCCAAACUCAAGGAGGAGAUGCGCAGCUGUGGAAUGGGCAGCUUCGAGCAUUACACAGGCGAUGACUGCUGGGUGAACCUGAGCUACACCGUUGUGGCCUUCACCAAGCAGUUGAUGAGCUUCCUGGAGGAGGGCCUCAAGCUCUACUUCCCCGAGCUGCACAUGGUGCUGCUGGAGAGCCUGAGGGAGAUCAUCCUGGUGGCUGUCCAGCAUGUGGACUACAGCCUGCGCUGCGAGCAGGACGGCGAGAAGAAAGCCUUCAUUCUGCAGAAUGUCAACUUCCUGCAUGACACAGUGCUGCCCGUGGUAGAGAGGAGGUUUGAGGAAGGGGUGGGUAAGCCAGCCAAGCAGCUACAGGACCUGAGGAAGACCACCAGGCCAGUUAGGGUCAACCCAGAGAGCACCAACUCUGUGGUUUAAGACUGCUAGGAACUCUGCUAGUUCAUUUCGGCAAAACACUGAAAGCCUGAGUGACAGUGUAAUAUAUGCAAAGAACUCUGUAGCGGUUUCUUUUAUCGACUCUUGUGAUAAUGCAAAUUCCUGCUCCUCAGGGAGGAACUUGUAGAGAUCUCAUGGGGAAGAUUAGAGAUGCCAGGACACAGUUCAGUAAGUUAUAGCUUGAGUAUCCUAUUAAUAAUGGAAAAUGCUGAAACUGCACCGCCCAAACAGUAGUACUUCACAUGGAACUACAACUACUUUCAGUAAAUGGAGCAAGUAUGAAAAGAACUGUCCACACUCUUCUAAGCGGUAGAAAGACGUGGUUUAUGAAGUGUUCCUCCAUGUAUAUUGCGCAAGCAAGUGCCCCGCUCUCGUCGAAAUGAUCGAUGACAGACCGCCGUCUUAACGCACUGGUGAAUGGUGACGUGUUUGGUAAUGGUCAGUAAAUGAUUCUGUAUAGCUUAUAUGAAAAUAAAAUUUAA